CCCACAUACACCGAAGUAAACAACAAGCACAAUAAGUGUGGCAAACAUGGCUGUAGUGACUGAAGUAUAAUAUUUGUAAUAUAUAAUACUUAGUAAGAUAUCUUAACAAACUUAAUCCUUCGGGUUAUAAUACACUUUGCUAUAAAUUAAGAAUUAAAAGGUCCAAAAUAAGACAAUUUUCUUCUUUUGACUGCAAAGCUCGGCGGCAGAAUGAGCAAUAUUUACAUCCAAGAACCACCAUCAAAUGGAAAGGUCCUGUUGAAGACCACAGCAGGCGACAUUGACAUUGAGUUGUGGUCCAAGGAGGCUCCUAAAGCAUGCAGGAACUUUGUGCAACUGUGCAUGGAAGGUUACUAUGAUGGCACAAUGUUUCACAGAGUGGUACGUGAGUUCAUUGUCCAGGGUGGAGAUCCCACUGGAACAGGGACAGGUGGAGAGUCUGUCUAUGGUCGACCAUUCAGGGACGAAUUUCACUCCAGGUUGCGCUUCAAUCGGAGAGGUUUGGUUGCCAUGGCAAAUGCUGGCCCACAUGAUAAUGGCAGUCAGUUCUUCUUCACCUUGGGACGUGCAGAUGAACUCAACAAUAAACACACCAUAUUCGGCAAGGUCACAGGAGACACGGUGUACAACAUGCUCAGAUUGGCAGAAGUUGAAUGUGACGCUGACGAAAGACCUUUGAAUCCCCACAAAAUAAAGAUUGCUGAGGUCCUUCACUCUCCUUUUGAUGACAUUAUACCUCGGGAAACAAGGAAAUCCAAGAAGGACAAAGAUAAAGAGGAGGCAAAGAAAUCUCAGUCAAAAGCCACAAAGAACUUCAGUCUGCUAUCAUUUGGAGAGGAAGCUGAAGAGGAAGAGGAGAUGGUGAAUCAAGUGAGCCAGACACUAAAGGGAAAAAGCAAGAGCAGCCAUGACCUUCUGAAAGAUGAUCCCAGACUGAGCUCUGUUCCUGCUGUUGAUAAGAAAAAAAAGAAGCGCACCUCAGGAGAAACGGCUGAGACACACGAUAUGGCCGAUGGUGAUGUCGAAGAUGACAUGGAUUCAGACGAAGAGUAUGACUCCGAUGAGAGGCAGAAGAUGAGAGAAAUCAUCAGCAACAAGCUAAAGAAAUUAAAAAGCGAAGAGAAAGCGGCAGAUGACGAGGAGCGAGGGAAAAAGCCCAAUCGCAGUGAUGAAUUACGCAAAGAGGCGCGGCAGUUGAAGAAGGAUCUACAGGCCAUAAAGCAAAGGAAAGAAGACAGCUUAAAACCUGCAGUGGAGGAAGUUAAAGAAGUGGAUGAAAAGCCAAGCAAUGAGGCGGUGGCUGAGUACAUGGAGGGACGAAAGAAGUACGAAGACCAGAGGAAACAAAAACUGAAGAAAGGCUCCAUCAGAGAACAACAGACACUGGAACUCCUCAAUCGUUUCAAGUCCAAGUUGUCUUCGGCCAUCACAACGGAUACGCCAGAGGACGACGUGGAGGAGCUGGCAGAGGACGACGACAAAGGAUGGAUGGGCCACGUUCUGCAGUUUGAUGAGCAAAGCAGAAAAGUCAAAGAUGCCACCAUGCAGGACGAGGACACUUUCGAGAUCCACGACCCAAGAAAUCCGGUCAACAAGCGAAGGAGAGAAGAGAGCAAGAAGCUAAUGAAGGAGAAGAAGGCCAAGUGGUGAAGUCAAGGGUCAGGUCCUGCCCAUGACACAGAAAUAGUGUUCAUACGGCAUCCUCUCGGUCUAUAUUUCUGCCACUUCAAACCCUACAUCUCCUGACUGGAACAUCUGGAUUGAGAAUGCAGACCUGAGUACGAUCCCUCUAAUCUGUGAUGGAAAGGCUUCUUCGCUUAAAACAGCUGCACCCAGACUACGCUCAGUUAGAAAUAAAACUCUAGUCAAAGUAAUGAUUAAGUUGGCUCGAUUUACGUGUGAUGUUGUUCGCUUUUUUCUGCCAUUUUUCUGCAGUUUAUGUUGUCUAAAGCUUAAAUGUGAGGCUUAAACUCUCUGAAAAAAUAAAUAAAUAUAAUUUGUAAACAGUC